CAAAAAUAAAAUUCAGCCGCAAAAUAUGGUCCAACGUACCUCAAACGAGAUGCACACACCAGGCGCACGUUAGGACCCUCCUCUUCCCUUUUGUCACUUCUCCAUUCCCCGCGAGUCUUCGUAGCCAAAAACAAUAUUUUCCCCUUCAUUUUAAAUUUUCCAUCAAACGCACAAUUAAAAAUUUUCAGCUCCCUUUAAUUUAAUUUCAAAGAGAGCAUAAAAAAAUUUUUAGGUGAAAUUCAAUAUUUACCCAUUAAUUCCGAAUUUUGCCUGUCUGGACAUCUCCAUUCAUGGCUCCAGCCACUUCCUCGUCAGCGGAGGCUCGGCGGUUCGUCGGCUCGCGGCGGAGGACCGAGGCUCCUCGAGGAAUGCAUUCGCCGUCACCUUCGCCGCCGCCCAAGAAAUUGAAGUCAAUAGCUGAAAUAUUAGCGACGGCCCGCUACGCCGUGGUGGCCCGUGGCGACUACAGCGACGUCAUCUGCGAGCAAUGCGGCUCAGGCGAGCGUCCUGACGAGCUGCUCCUGUGCGAUAAGUGCGAUAAAGGCUUCCAUAUGAAGUGUUUGAGACCGAUAGUUGUUAGAAUCCCGAUUGGAUCGUGGCUGUGCACGAAUUGCUCCGGCCAGAGACGUGUAAGAAGUUUUUCGCAAAGGAAGAUAAUUGAUUUUUUCAAAAUUCAGAAGUGUAAAGAGGUGAAAGACAGAUGUGGUUGGUCUCAUCAAGAUGCUCGAAGGCGUCGAAGACGAUCGGCAUUGGUGUUACAAAAGAAAAGAAGGAAAUUAUUGCCAUUUAUUCCAUCAGAAGAUCCUGCACAAAGGCUGAAGCAAAUGGGCACUCUUGCUUCUGCCUUGACAGCAUUGGAAUUGGAAUUCAGUAAUGAUCUAACUUAUAUGCCUGGCAUGGCACCUAGAUCUGCCAAUCAGGCAAUUUUUGAAAAUGGUGGCAUGCAGAUUCUUUCCAAAGAAGAUACAGACACCUUGGAACAAUGUAGAGCAAUGUGUAAAAGAGGCGAAUGCCCUCCCCUCGUAGUAGUUUAUGAUUCUUGUGAAGGUUUUACUGUAGAGGCAGAUGGCCCAAUAAAGGAUAUGACAUUUAUUGCUGAAUACAUUGGCGAUGUCGAUUUCCUAAAAAACCGGGAGCACGAUGAUUGUGAUAGUAUGAUGACGCUUCUUUUAGCAAUAGAUCCAUCUAAAAGUCUGGUCAUUUGUCCUGAUAAGCGUGGAAACAUUGCUCGCUUUAUCAAUGGAAUAAACAAUCAUACUCUGGAAGAAUUGGAUUCAUCACUUUGUUGCAGAGUUUUCUUUUUAGAUGAAACUAUCUUCAUCAGUUAAUGCUGGAUAUUCACUAAUUCAGGAUUCUAAUUAUGCCUUAUACAAGAUUUUCUGUCAACAACAUCUUUACUAUUGAGGUUUUGAUUGGCUCAUACUUUAGGAGUUGGAAGAAAGAUGUGGAGUUUGCUAUUAAAAUGGUUGUUGCAGAUUCGACUAUGACUACACCUAAACCUGUAGAUAUCACAACCAUUAGUACUGAUGUAGAAAAUCAAGCUAAUGUACUGUGGAUGAAAUCUAAUAUUUUGUGUUAUUUGACGAUAAAAGGAUCAAUUCUUGAACAUCUAUUAUGUGGCCUGUCUGAGACUACUAUACCAAAGGGCCUAUUGGAUGCUUGGAUGCUAUAGCACAAAUGUACAAAGUUUCCACUAAUGCUGAAAUAGGUAUGCUUCUUAAAGGACUUUAUUCAAUAAAAUGUGAUGGUUUAAAAA